GUGGAUUGCAGCUGGCCGGACAAAGGCUCCUGGCAGGCCUUCUCCUUCUGCCCGGCUGAUGCGGGCACCACCACAUCAGAGAAGGAUGAGAGGCGGCCAGUUCGUCACCGAGACAUUCUACGGAUCCGGGCACACAACGGCUUUUUCCUGGCCGUGCCCAGUGAUGCGGCUCGGGGUGCCUUGGUCACUACCACCCGCAGCAAAACCUGCAAAGAAGCGGAGUUUGAGGUUUUGCUCCAGCAUUCCAGCAUCCUGAAACAUCGGGGAAUGGCGUACUUCUUUAGCCGUGCGACCGCCACCACAUUGGAUGCGGAUGAGGACGAGUCUGGAAUGAGAGCUCGUUGGGCUGACUUUGGCGACUGGCAGGCCAUUGCCGUGGAGCGGCCUGCGCAGCAACAGCGCAAGGUAUGCCUGGACAGCCUUCAGCAGCAGGCUCCACCACGGACAAGACUGCGAG